UCUCCCAAAACUACAAGUCAGCUGCUGGAAAGCUGAAGCUGUUUAUCCCUGAAUUAGCUUGAUGGCAAACGUCGUCAGUUUUUAGGGUGUUGUUUCUGGAAACAGUUGAACUGCUGUUAUUUGGAAACUGAAGAUCUGUGACAGACUGUCAAGAUGAAGUCUGUGUUUCUGCUCGAGGCUUUCUCUUUGGCUUGUUUUGUGCUAUUAAAUCAAGUGGCAGCGAAGAAUUCUGAAGACAUCCGUUGUAAAUGCAUCUGCCCGCCAUACAGAGAAACCAAGGGGCACAUCUACAAACAAAACGUUUCUCUCAAAGACUGUAACUGUCUCCAUGUAGUUGAACCCAUGCCGGUUGAUGGAAAAGAUGUGGAGGCCUACUGUUUACGCUGCGAGUGUAAAUAUGAAGAGAGGAGCUCGGGGACCAUUAAAGCUACCAUCAUAAUGUACCUCUCCAUUUUGGGCCUGCUGCUGCUCUACAUGAUCUACCUGACUCUCCUGGAGCCCAUAUUGAAGAGGCGUCUGUUUGGACACUCACAGCUCAUCCAAAGUGAUGAUGAUGUUGGGGACCAGCAGCCUUUUGCCAACGCUCACAAUGUUCUGUCCCGUUCGCACUCUCGACCAAACAUGCUGAACAAAGUGGAGCAUGCCCAGCAGCGCUGGAGGAGGCAGGUCCAGGAACAGAGGAAGUCUGUGUUCGACCGCCAUGUUGUUCUCAGUUAAACUGCCCUGCGUGCAAGAGUUACUGGUGGAGCAAAAAACACAAAAAACAAAACAAAAAAACACUGUGACGGAGCCCUCAGUUUAUAUCGCUUCCUUUCUCUCAUCUGUGGUUUGUAUCUCAUCAAGUGUGACACUUUCGAGGUGAACAAGGGGAAGAAGUCUGGAUCUGUAGAGCAGAAGUCCCUUAUUUAGUCUGCAGGCAGCACAAGAGAUUACAGUGAAUUCAUUUUUUGCACAAUCUUGAAUGAACAGUCUUAAAUAGCGCUCCUAAAAGCAGAAUGUACUCUCUGCCUGCUGUCUAGUUUGCAGAAGUGCCAAGUCACCAGAGAAUUUUCAAUGAAAAAAUUUGAUGGUAGAGACAACUAAAUGUGAGAUAAAAAAAUAAAUCUUUCAAGUGCAUAUUUUAUUAACAUCCUCUUAAUUUUUUCUGGCCACAGUGUCAGGUGGAGUCCCAGCUGUCCAAAGCUGACCAGUCUGUCAAUUUUACAAGCCUAACUGGCUUUCAGAGUAAAACCACCACUCAUCAUGGCUGGAUAACUGGACCAGCCUCCUGGCUGCAUUAAUCAUCUGUUAACAUGUAGCUGGCGGGUAUUUUCCACCCUAACAUAACUUGGAACUACUGCUCUCACCACAGGAGAAAGGAAAUAGUGUAAAAUAUAAAUCUUUCUUUAGAAAUGCAUGUUUUAUAAUAAAAAUGUUAUAAAUGUCUUUUUAAUCCUUCAUUCCCACCAUAAUGUCUGAUAACUGGUGUGAAAUCCAUCAUUUAGUGCAUUACAUUGAAUUUGAUAUUUGAAAGUAGUUUCACUGAACCUUGUUGCUGAAACCGAUGCAAUUUGUUGGUGAUGUCAUAGAAAACGUAGCUGUGCUAUUGAUCCUCCUUAAACUGCCUAAACAAAUCUAAUGAACGGUCUUAUUUUAGCACUUCCGUGCGCAUGGUCUAACAUCCGUUCCAUUAUGAGGGUUUGCAACAGGCAGCAUUAAUAUGACGGGAGGUGUUAUUCUGUGUUCAAAGAAGUUUAUUUUGUGUAUAUUGUGUACAUGGACAGAGUGGAUAAAGAACCACUGUUAGGAGACCUAUGAAAGUGUUCUUAACUAUUGUAUAUGUGAUACCUUUAAUUCUGAAAUAAAUUUAUGGAAUAUU